GCGAGCGGGGGCCGGGGCUCAGAGCAUCGCUCGGGCUCGGUGCCGCCGCCGGCUCCGUCCCUGCUCCCGCGUCGCCUCCCCCGCCAGCAGCCCCUUCCCUCCCGCGGACAUGUCGUCGCCGUCGUCCGGAGAGCGGUACGAGGAGGAAGAGGAGGAGGAGGAGGAAGACGGCGCCUACGAGAGCCAGGCCAAGCGGCUGAAGCCCAGCGCCGCAGCCGAGGAAGGCGAGAUCGAGUACAGCGGCGCGGAGGAGAGCGAGGGCCGGCGGGACAAGCCCCCCGCGUCGCGCGGCGGCGGCGGCUUCUCGGGCGGGGAUGCCGGGGGAAGUCAUCACAAAGUCUCCGUUUCUCCUGUCGUCCAUGUCCGAGGGCUGUGUGAGUCUGUGGUGGAAGCAGAUCUUGUGGAAGCUCUUGAGAAGUUUGGAACCAUAUGCUAUGUCAUGAUGAUGCCGUUCAAGCGCCAGGCUCUGGUGGAGUUUGAAAACGUGGAGAGUGCAAAGAAAUGUGUGACCUUUGCAGCAGAUGAGCCUGUGUACAUUGCUGGGCAGCAGGCCUUCUUCAACUACUCCACCAGCAAGAGGAUCACUCGGCCAGGGAACACUGAUGACCCAUCUGGAGGGAAUAAAGUUCUCCUGUUGUCAAUUCAGAAUCCUCUCUACCCAAUUACAGUGGAUGUUUUGUACACUGUGUGCAACCCUGUUGGGAAAGUUCAGCGCAUUGUUAUAUUCAAGAGAAAUGGAAUACAAGCCAUGGUUGAGUUUGAAUCAGUGUUUUGUGCCCAGAAGGCGAAGGCUGCACUCAAUGGAGCAGAUAUCUAUGCAGGAUGCUGCACACUAAAAAUUGAAUAUGCAAGGCCAACUCGACUUAAUGUCAUUAGGAACGACAACGAUAGUUGGGACUACACUAAGCCAUAUCUGGGCCGCCGAGACAGAGGGAAGGGCCGGCAGAGACAAGCUAUUUUGGGAGAGCACCCAUCAUCCUUUAGACAUGAUGGCUAUGGCUCCCAUGGUCCUUUGUUGCCCUUGCCAAGCCGGUACCGAAUGGGAUCUCGGGACACUCCCGAACUCGUGGCUUACCCAUUGCCACAGGCAUCCUCCUCCUACAUGCAUGGGGGGAAUCCUUCUGGGUCAGUUGUCAUGGUUAGUGGCUUGCAUCAGCUCAAGAUGAACUGCUCAAGGGUAUUCAACCUGUUCUGCUUGUAUGGAAACAUUGAGAAGGUGAAAUUUAUGAAGACUAUUCCAGGCACAGCACUGGUGGAAAUGGGUGAUGAAUAUGCCGUAGAAAGAGCGGUCACACAUCUCAAUAAUGUCAAGUUAUUUGGAAAGAGACUCAAUGUCUGUGUUUCCAAGCAGCACUCAGUAGUUCCAAGCCAGAUAUUUGAACUGGAGGAUGGCACGAGUAGUUACAAGGAUUUUGCCAUGAGCAAGAACAAUCGCUUCACCAGUGCUGGCCAAGCAUCCAAGAACAUCAUCCAGCCACCCUCCUGUGUGCUGCAUUAUUACAAUGUUCCCCUGUGUGUGACUGAGGAAACAUUUGUAAAGUUAUGUGAGGAUCAUGAAGUUCUCAGCUUUAUUAAAUACAAAGUGUUUGACCCAAAACCUUCUGCCAAAACACUGUCUGGUCUGUUGGAAUGGGAAUGUAAGACAGAUGCAGUGGAAGCUCUCACUGUACUUAAUCACUACCAGAUAAGAGUCCCAAAUGGCUCCAACCCUUACACCUUGAAGCUUUGCUUCUCUACUUCAUCCCAUUUAUAGAGAAGAGGACAGCAUGUUAAGAGCUACGUUCACCUGGAUUUGCAAGUUAAAAACUACACUUCGUUCACAAAGCUCUAAAGUGGUUCUAAUGUUGCCUUGUUUCAACUUAAUUCUAAUAUCUUUUGUCUUGUUUUAUAAUAAAUGGAUGUUCCUUCAUAAAUACAAACCAGAUUUUUUUUUAUUUUUGCCUCUGAGAAGUACAUGUUGUAAGCUUACUACAAAGUUUGUAUUUUGUUAGUGUAGUAUCUUCAAAUGUCUAAAGAAGCACCAGUAGGAUAAACAAGAUUGUUUCUUUUCAAAAAAUGAAAUAUAUUUGCAUUUUCAAAAUGUUAAAGAUUAGCAAGUAUUUUUCCAUUUGUAGUCUUAAUUGGCAGAUAGAAUUAUUCUAGCAGAUUUUUAAAUGUAGAACUUGUUUUUCAGUAUGUUAAGUAGUGAAGUAUGUUGCAAUACUAAAAAGGAGCUUGUAUUUAUAAAAUGCUUUGAUUGGGUUAAUGUUGCACAUACUGAACUUUUAGUAGUACAGACUUGAUUUAUAGUUUCAAACAGAGCUAAUGUAGAAAAUUAUUAAGUAUGUACACGUGUAUGGUAUGGAUUCAUACUUAUUUAAAGUGCUUUUGUUUGGUUUUUUUUAAUCCUAUUUUCCAUUUGCAUUAGCAUGAUGCCAUCUACAGCUAGUCCCACCGUAGGGGCCUUUUAAAAAUUAAAAUUGCAAGCUUGUA